AUGGCAAGUCACAGAGACCCUCGCUUUCUGCACAACCUGUCCUACCACCCACGGUGGCAGCACGACUCAGUAAAAGUGAGGAGAAAAAGACAUAUGAGGACAGUGGCUACGCACAGUUGCAGUGGACAUAGUCAGUUUAAAUCAUUUGCAGCUUCAUCAUCAUUGUCAUCAAAACCACGGUUGCCAUCGUCCCCUGUGCAACGCUCCAGGAGCUGGUGGGGGAACUGGCUUCUUCUGCCCCUCCUCAUGGUCUCAUUUCUGCCCUGCCAAGCCUGGGCGACCACUUUCAAGGUGGCCCUGGUUGGACCCUGGACGUGUGACCUCUUAUACUCAAAAGCGCUCCCUGACUUGGCAGCCCGCCUUGCCACCACUCGCAUAAACAAGGACCCCUACCUCAACAAAGGCUACUGGUAUGACUACACACUGAUCAAUGAGGACUGCAAGUCCUCCCGUGCCCUUGCUCGCUUUGCUGAGCUGGAAGGUUAUGGUGCUGCUUUCCUGGGCCCUGCCAACCCAGGCUACUGCUCCUCAGCUUCUCUGUAUGCAAAGGAGUGGGAUGCUGGGAUUCUUUCCUGGGCUUGCCUCAAACCCAACAUGAAAAAAGGAGCGAUGUAUCCCACCUUCCUGCGGCCGCUGCCACUGUCCUCCCAUGUGCUCUUCACUGUGUUGCGUUACUUUCGUUGGGCCCACGUGGCCAUAAUCUCAGAGGAUACAGACAUAUGGGAUGCCACAGGGCAUGAGCUGGCCUCGUCACUGAGGGCCCUUGGCCUGCCUGUCAACCCCGUGAUCACAAUGGGGGACGACAAGGAAGGGCCUCGGAGAGCCCUGACAAAAGUGCGGGAAACAGACCGGGUCAGAGUGGUCAUAAUGUGCAUGCCGUCUGUCCUGAUUGGUGGUCAGUCCCAGUACCAACUUCUGACAACAGCCUUGUCCAUGCGUAUGAUUGACCGCGGCUACGUCUUCAUCCCCUACGACACCCUCCUCUACUCACUACCCUACAAGGAUGCAAACUACUACUUGCUGGGCAAUGACACCAUGCUGCGGAAAGCCUAUGACGGGGUCCUCACCAUCACUAUGGACUCUGGACCACGCAAUUUCUACGAGGCCUUCAAAGAUGCUCAGGACAGCUAUGAAAUCCGCAGCAGCACGCCUCCGGAGCAGGUUUCUCCAUUCUUUGGCACCAUCUACAACAUGAUGUACUACAUAGCUAUGGCUGUGGAGCAGGCCCGUGCCAACGGAGGCCGCUGGGUAACUGGAGGGAUCCUGGGUGACAGCAAGGGCGGCUUUGAAUUUGAAGGCUUCAAUCAGCCCUUGAGGUCCGGAAGGAACGGCGAAGGCAUGCAGGCUCGCUAUGUAGUGCUGGACUACAGCGGCAUGGGCACAUCUCUCUACUCCACUCAUUCUCUGGAUGCUGCUCAUACAGACGGCAAGAUGGGGGGUUUGAAAUACCUCAGCCGUUCGAUCCAUUUCGCCGGCAGCACGCCCUACACUGACUCCGGCUGCUGGUUCAGCCCAUACUUUGCCUGUACCGGAGGCAUGGAUUCAGUCACUCUCCUCUUUCUCCUCCUGCUGUUCGUUGGAUUAUCUGGAUUUGGAGUCAACGUCCUUAUUGGUUUCAAAAGAAGCGGCAGGGUUGGGUUCAGCUUUUCAGGCGGUGGUGGCGGUGGAUCGACGAAGGUAGUCCUGACCCUGGACGACCUGAUCUUCAUCAACACUCAAGUCAGCAAACGGAAGCUCAAUGACGAAAGCAUCUUGAGAAGCCAGCUGGACAUAAAGACGCCUCACCACUCGGUGUCCGGUCGCAGCUACUUGGCCUCCACGCCAGACAGCUCGAAUGUUGCUGUGUUUGAGGGUGACUGGGUUUGGCUUAAGAAAUGCCCCAGUGGAGUAGUAGCAGGUGUCAACAGCAGCACUGAGAAUAUCUUCGUCAAGCUCAGAGACAUGAGGCACGAGAACCUCAACCUGUUCCUGGGCCUGUUCUUCGACUCUGGGAUCUUUGGCGUCGUGACCGAGCACUGCUCCAGGGGCAGCUUGGAGGAUCUGCUCAACAACGAGGACGUACGUCUUGACUGGAUGUUCAAGUCUUCCCUGUUGAUGGAUCUGAUUCGGGGCAUGAAGUACCUGCACAAUCGUGACAUCAUCCACGGACGGCUCAAAUCCCGUAACUGCGUGGUAGACGGCCGCUUUGUGCUGAAGGUGACAGAUUAUGGGUUCAAUGAAAUUCUGAUUGCCCAAAGCAUUGACACUGAGGAGGAAAAGCCAGAGGAUCUGCUCUGGGCGGCUCCCGAGCUGCUGCGAAGUCCCGGCAUGAGGAGGAGGGGCACUUUCCAGGGAGAUGUCUACAGCUUCUCCAUCGUCGCGCAGGAGGUCAUCUGCCGCUCUGCACCUUUCUGCAUGCUGGACAUGCCUGUCAAGGAGAUUAUCAGCAAGGUCAAAGAGCCUCCUCCUCUGUGUCGGCCUGUUGUCUCAGUGGACGAGGCCCCACUGGACGUGAUACAGGUUUUGAAACAGGCCUGGAGUGAGGAGCCGGAGAGGAGGCCGAACUUUGAGGAUAUCUUCAAACAGUUCAAGAGCAUCACCAAGGGGAAGAAGACCAACAUCAUCGACUCUAUGCUGCGUAUGCUGGAGCAGUACUCAUCCAACCUGGAGGAUCUGAUUAGAGAGAGGACAGAGGAGCUGGAGGUGGAGAGACAGAAGACUGACAAACUGGUGGCUGCGAUGUUGCCCAAGUCUGUGGCUCAGGCGCUGAAGACGGGCAAGCCCGUCAAACCCGAGCACUUUGACGAGGUCACGCUGUACUUCAGUGACAUUGUGGGCUUCACCACCAUCUCAGCUCUCAGCGAUCCCAUCGAGGUGGUCGACUUGCUCAAUGACCUCUACACACUCUUUGAUGCUAUCAUUGGACUGCACGAUGUCUACAAGGUGGAAACUAUCGGAGACGCCUACAUGGUAGCCUCAGGAGUCCCUGCUAGGAACGGCAACCGUCACGCAGCUGAGAUGGCCAACAUGUCUCUUGACAUCCUCCACUGCAUUGGGACCUUCAAGAUGAGGCACAUGCCUGAGCUCAAAGUCAGGAUCCGUAUUGGCCUGCACUCUGGCCCCGUGGUAGCAGGAGUGGUGGGUCUCACGAUGCCUCGGUACUGUCUGUUUGGAGACACAGUCAACACAGCAUCUCGAAUGGAGUCCACAGGGUUGCCUUACAGAAUCCAUAUCAACCAAAGUACAGUUGAUGUCCUGAACACCUUGAAGCUGGGAUACAAGAUUCAAUGCAGAGGCAUGACAGAGUUAAAGGGAAAAGGGGUUGAGAACACUUACUGGUUGGUGGGGAAGGAGGAUUUCAACAAGCCUCUUCCUAUACCACCAGACCUUCAAGGGGGAAGCAAUCAUGGUAUCGCUUUAGAGGAGAUACCUGUUGACAGAAGACAGAAAUUCCUGGACCGACAGAAGAAGAUGGGCUAG